GCUUGCUUUAACACCUAAGCAACCGCCUGCCCUCCGCCGUGCCGUUUCCUCUUUCCGAUUCAUCCACAACAAACACCAAUUCGCCUUCUUCCUUCUCGUUCUCAUUUCUCAAGCUCUGGGUUCCUUCGUACUGCUUUGGAGGUGCAUAAUUGUCUCUAUUCCAGUCUCGAGUUCAAUUCUUGUUGGUAGCCGAAAAUAAUCAGCAGUCGGCAUAUGAAGAAAGAGACCGUACCAACACCGCCGGAGCCACCAACGACGAGAACGAACUUGGAGGAAGAAGGAUAUGUGGUUGCGGAAUCAGUAGAAGUUUUCCGAAUUCAAUCCUUCGAUCAAUUCUUCCUUCAAAGCACGAACUUUUGCUGCUGCUGCUGAGCCCCAGCCUGCUUUGAGAUAAAAGGGUCGUGACUUGAUAUAUAGAAGAUGUCCAUCAAGCUUAACCUAUCUCCUUUCAAGCUCGACAUUGAUGAGCUCAUCAACGAGUUUGUGGAGCAUCAAUCGACAAGCUUUCCGGACUGGAAGAAAAUAUGGGGUUUAAGGAAAUUUUCAUACAUCUAUGAGGCUGCUCCUACUACACAUUUGGGUUUCUUCAUGCAGUCAUUAUAUGCCCAUACAAUUGGGCAUAUGAAUGACAGCGCCUCCUUUCCAAGAAAGCUAGGAGGCUUGUAUUGCUUAUACUGUCUAUACGAGACUCAGCCAUUUAAGCCUCCUUUCAAGAUCUAUCUCUCCCUUGGGGAACUAAAAACUUUGAAGAACCUCGUCGCUGAAGCCAAAGGGAACACUGUCAAAGCAGCGCCCGCUUUGAUGCAAAGAAUGCUGGAAAAGGAUGUGUUCCUAUUUGGGUUUUUGGAUUUAGAAGAAGCUGCUAAAACAGUAGAAAAACUCGCGGAGCAGGAUAAUGAGAUAGUGAAGUGUGCUGCUAAGAAGUUAUUUAAGGAUACCAGGAUGGAGCACUUCCUCCACUUAGACAUGGGAAGGGAACUGGGUCUAGAGGAGUUGAAGAAAUUAUCUACAGAAUAUGCAGAGUCGAAGCAGCGUGCAAUUGAAGAAGCCCGGAAGGUGGUAAAUGUGCAAGACGUGGAGCAUCUUGCAAAUGCCAAGGAGCUGGUUGGUGACAAAGUGGAGAAGGCGGUAGAGAGCUGGGAUGCCCAGAAGGAUGAGUUCUACCAUAAAACAGGAGUAAGACCCACUCAGGAACAGGCUCAACAAGAAGAUGAUUCUGACAAUAGUGAUGCUGAAUAUACUCACGAGCUUGAGCGAGAAUUGCAGCUGUUUGACGAAAAUUUGGAUGAGCAGCAAUGACAGUAUUUAGCUGUGGGAGUAAUCGACCAGUAAUCAACAGGACUACAGGAGUGAGACCCACUCAGGAACAGGCUCAACAAGAAGAUGAUCCUGAAGAUAAUGAUAUUGAAUAUACUUGCGAGCUCGAGUGGGAAGGUGUUCGACAAAGAUUUGGAGGAGAAAUGAAGCAAUGGCGGAACAAGGUUUUUACCAUCGAAACUCAAUGUCUCAUUUUUAUCUAAUUCUUACAUUGCACAGACUAUCCCAUAUAGAGAAGUUUUAUUCUGACAUUGAUGUCUCUCUAAGCUAUAGAUCUCCAAAUGUAUAGAUCCCACAAUUUACUAGUAGACAAUACCCGCCAUUUCAACGCUAAGUAGUUGUAUAUCUAGGCUAUAGCACAUGUUCAACGAUAAAUAGAUAUCUUCCAUCAGUUUAUAGCUCCACUUCGACCUCAUGAAAUCUCCCCUCUUCAGGCAAGUUGUCCAGGGUGAAAGCAAUCAACCCAGAAGACGACUCAUACUCGAAAUCAACUGCAUUCGAGUCCACGCUGCACUUCUUAGGCUUUGUCGAAGAGAAAGCUCCGAACUUUCCACACCCCUUCACUUCCAUCCUCACUUUUCCAACUUCAUAGUACUUCAGCCCCUGGAUGGCUCCACCGCCAUUGUACAUUUCAAUCAGCCCCAAUGGCGCGAAGCUUACUUCUUGAGCCAAGAUCUCGAUAGGUGCAACGGUGAAGAUCCGGAACUCGAGCACCUUAAGCGACACAGGGAGGGAUGCAUUGUACGGAAGGGUGGUGAGUUCGCCGGAGCUUUGACAGUAGACUGCACAGUUGCCACUCCAGUUCGAGCCCACUGAUGCUUCUCUGAUGAGAUGAACAUCUCGGCCUCGAAUGGAGCCCGUAAGUGCCUCGUUCCUCGUUUGGUGGAACGUGUUCUUCCUCUCGGUGGUGUUCCAUGCUGCUCCUUGGCAGUUGUAAACACCUAACACUCCUGAGAACUUGUUCAUGUUCCAUAUCUUCAGCAAACUGACACCGUCGCGAGCUGGAUCGGAGAACAAACAGUCCCUGGUGGGCCUGCCUGGCAGCAGAGCUCUGAGGAUCGUCCCGUCAGGUAGAACCAGCUUCCUCAGCAGCUCGAAGUUGUGCUUUCCCGGCGCAUCACUGAAUCAGGAAGAACAGAGUAAACAAAUCAACAAACAAGCUUGACAUUUCCAUUGAUGAAUUGGGGAGAAAGAAAGCUUUAAACUUACCUGACAUAGAUCGGACCGCCGCUGAUAGCCCGAGCAGAGGCAUGAUACUCCGCCGCGGGAUGCAAGGAAUGGAACAUAUCCCAAUCCGGUUGCAUAAUUUCACCCAAGAACACGCUGUUGUACGCCACCGCCGCUAUGUGAAUCGUGUGCGACACCGGAUCCCGUGGGUAGAAAUCGUCCGACGCCCUCACCACCGCUGUCUGCUUCGAGCUGUACAAUGCGUCGGUGUUAUGGCUCAUACAAGCGAUGCAGCCAUUGUCAGGGAAAUUCCUCGCUACCGAGGCAUCAAGAGCUUGAUGAUACUGCCUUGUAAGCUCCACUCUUCCACCCAAACCUCCGCCGAGAGUUUCCAGUAUGCACUGAACAUCCACCUUCACACCGUCGAUUCCUGCCGCCGCCAAAUAGCUGUGGAGCUCGUUGUAGAACUUGUGCACACUCUUCGGAUUCACGAGCCCUAACCCUUGAACCGCCAUCACAUCAGUCUUCCACGUCGGCUCAUUCUCCACGACUCCCUUCGACACCAUCGGAUACUUCAUCGCCGAUUCGUACCCCUCCAUCUCCUUCACCCCCGGCCGGACGCCACCCCAGUAUCCGGUGAUUGCGUGCCAGACGUAGACGAAUUUCAAUCCGUGCCUCUGUUUCGCGAUGUUGACGAUGCUCUUGAUCCCUGCCGCCGGAUCCUCCUGGUUCUGGAAUUUAGGGUUUUCCUUGAUUCCGGUCAAUCUCAUCAACGGCUGCUGUUGCUGCGAAUCGGAGGUCUCUUUCUCCGGAUCUCCGCUGACGGACUGCCAUCCGUCGUCGAUUAUCACGAACUUCGGCGGCGUCCCGCCGCCGGCGAGGCUCUGGAGCCCGGCCUCGACGCCUUCCUGCGUCACGUCCUGGUAAAACGCGUCCCACGUGCACCACCCGAAGUAAUCGACGAUUCCGGGGAGCUUCUUCUCGUGACGGAGGCGGAACGUCUGGAGAUGCGACCUAACGGCCGUCAUCGCCUCCGUUAUCGUGGCGAACGGAUCCGUGCCGGCGUGAACGAACAGGGAGUGGGUAAACGACGACGCUUUGAUGCUCUCGUCGCCGCUCUCCAAAACGAGCUCUAGCUCGUCGUUUUGGUUCCCCUGAAGGCAGGCUCUGAACGAGGCCUCGAUCAGAGGGAGGAAGACGGUGUAGACGAUCUGAUUGACUCCAUCUCCGCCGUCGGAUGCGAGGUGGGACCCGCUCUUGGUCUCAACGAGCAGGAACUGCGUCUCCAACGGAAUAUCCCUCCCCUUCUCCCCCAUCUUUUGAGCCAUCCACCAUAGCUUGAACCGGAAGCAGGACAUGAACCGGACGUCACGGAGACGGCCUAACGGAACCACGUGGCGGCUGCUUUCUUCGUCGAGCAUCGCUCCGACGAAAACUCCCGCCGCCGGGCCCGAGUCGGAGCUCGACGUCGCCACCACAUUGUCCGGCACUCCGGCGAGAAUGGCCCGGUCUUUGACGAUUAGCUUCUUGUCGGAGAUCCGAACCGCCGGUUUAAUCGUCAUUGUUUCGGAUCUCGGUUUGUUAUAAUCGUUAGAGAUACUGCGAGUUCCGAGAUAUGGAGGAAGGACCCAGAAAUAGAAAAGCCGUUAGUCACUAGGAGAAAAUAAAAACGAACGAAUACCCUUUUCUCGGGAACCAAACAGGAAAAGGAAAAACAGAGGAAGUAAAGUACCAGAAGAAACAGAGAGCUUGGUGGUGCGAAGAAGAAGAUUGCAGAAACGAAUGGAGCGGGCAAACGGUGAUCGGAUUGAGAUUGGACGGACGAUUUGGGAGGUAUUUAUACUGAGAGAAUUGAAGUUACCACUGUAACGAGAAAUUGACAGGGUCGCCAUUUUUUUUUUCUCCCUCUGGCCUUUGCGGUUAAUCUGAAUUGAUCUGUUCUUAUUCUCUCUUCCUCGUUGUGUUGUGUUGUGGUGAGCCUUUCUCUGCUUAUCUGGU